CUUCUUCCCUAGAUUCGCUGUCUUAAAAUUUCACUAAUAUCUCUGUGCGUCCUCCUCUCAUCUCUCCCUCACUUGUACGUCUUCUCUUUGGCAAAAAUGGCGAAACUAGCGAUGCUGAUGGCUCUCUGUAUCUUGCCGGCGAUAGCAAUGGCGGCGAAGGUGCCACGUAUCGGUAAGAACACGUUGGUGGUUCAAGGUAUCACUUACUGCGACACUUGCAAGUUCGGCUUCGAGACUGCUGAAUCCUCCUACCCCGUCCCCGGUGCGACGGUGAAGCUUGUGUGCAGAGACAGGAAGACAAUGAAAGAGUUAUACACAGACGUGGCUGUAUCAAACAGGAAGGGGAAGUACAUGUUCGUUGUCCACGAGGACCAUAAAGACGAGAUGUGCGAUGUUAUGCUUGUCAAAAGCUCAGAAAAGGGUUGUUCUAAAAUCUCGAGGGGGCGUGAACAGUCGCGUGUGAUAUUGAACCAUUACAAUGGCAUUGCGUCGCAGAUCAGGCACGCUAACAACAUGGGGUUUGAGAAAGAUGUUUCAGAUGUGUUUUGCUCUGAGUUGAUUAAGAAGUAUCAGGUUGAUGAAGAUGAGGUUUAGAGGACCAUCUUUAUAAUCAGUGUCAUGAUGGUCUGUUGUUUUCUAUUUGGUUAUGGGAGAGACAUAUUUGUAUUUUCUUGAUAUAAUAUUAUUUGUUCUUAGAUGA